GGCAAAGUCUUACGCAUGGAUUAAUUUGAGACGGUUUGAGACCGACGACUUGACGCCGGCAAUUGUUGUCUUGAAUAUUGUUAGCGCCAGUCCUGCCUUUCGGGAAAACGCUGUACCUGGCAGGUGGCCCACAUGAAGUUGUCUACAACGCACCGCAAUUCCAGCACUGCAGUGACGUGCUCAACCACGAGGGCACCUACAUUUGUGCCAGCAGUGCUCCAUUCAAGGUAUCACACAGCUACCAUUACAUGCUUCCAGGAGACCGCUCGUCGUGCAGCCUCUCUGCCAGAGAUUAAGGAGCACGCAAAGUCCCUGGGCAUCGAGUUCAGGCCCCUUAAUCCAGUGUUUGGCGCUGAAGUGAUCGGCGUCGACCUGUCACAGCCGCUGCCCGACUCCACAAAGGCCCUACUGCAGGAUGCGCAGUGGCAGUAUGGGGUCACACUGUACCGUGGCCAGACAAUGGGGCCCGCUGAGGAGAGCAGCUUCCUGCAGUCCUUCCCCCACGACGAGAGCGCGAUCGCCGAGGAGCGUUUCUGCAAUGGCUUCUUCCCCGAACGCGUCCCCGGCCACCCCAUGCUGGCGGUGCGUGGGAAGACAUCCUUCGUCCCAGUCUGGCACAUGGACAAGAACGAGCUGGUGUGCCCUCCAGAGCUGUGCUCCAUUUACAUGCUCAAGGCCCCCACAGUGGGGGGUGAGACGCUGUAUGCCAGCGCCGUGCACGCGUACGAGCUGCUGUCCCCAGAGAAGAAGGCCUUCUUCGAGACCCUGCAGUGCGAGUACAGGGCUGACAGCGCUUUCCGGGGCCUGACCAUCGAUGACAACGGUGUCUGGCGCGUGGACGACGUGGAAGCUGCUGUGAAGCUGGCGGACGCAGAGCCCGUAGAGCUCAAGUACGGGCCAAGGUACAUGGUGCACCCGCUAGUCAUCCGCGAUCCGUACACCGGCCUGAAGAGCAUCUUCUACAACACUGCGCUCUUUACCAAUUUUGUUGGCUACAGCAGGCAGCAGAGCCGUGAGAUUCUGGAGGAGGCUCUGGUGGCAGCGACUGCCCCAGAGCUGGUCGUGGAAAUGAAGUGGCAGCCGGGCGACUUUGUCAUAUGGUCGAACCGCAUGGUCUUUCACUCCAACACCCCGGAUGUGAUGUUUGAUGCCUCAGAGCGCCUUUUCCAUUUGGCCUUCCUGGACAGCAAGACGCCUGUGGUCGCCGCCCGAGAGAGCGUUCAGAGCACGGUCUAAAAAUGAUACUGGCAACACCUACAAACGCAUGCAGGAGGUUCUAUGGCCCGAGGUUGAGAUGAGGAAGCCCCUUUUAGCUGUAUAAUACAUGUAGAAUGCAUGCAGCCGAGGUGAAAGAUUUGUUGGAAUUUUGUGUUAUGUACACUUUGAAACGCUGCUUGUGAUGAGAAUGGCUCAAGAGCUAAUAUUGCGACCUGAUCUCAAGCCAUACUGCAAUUCUUUUCUUCAAAUUGAAGUCUUUGCCCCUGCAUUCAUAAAGCAUGCAAGGUUGCUCUUGACUGUAGUCCUACAACAGAUCAUCUGCUUUGAAGCCUUGAAGCUUUGAUGCAAUGUUGGCAUACGAAACGGAUGCAUGUGUAUUGAUGGUGUAUAUGUAGUAUGUGGCGCGAUGUGCCAAACUUCUGAUGCUUGGGUGUCUGUGU